AUGAAGCAAGCUAUACCAGCCGUCUUUAGAGAAGCACGUCACCGUUUGUGCAAGUGGCACAUCAUGAAGAAAUUUAACCAAAAGUUGGCAAAAUGCAUUUCGAAGAUGGAUGAUUUCAAGAGGAAGAUCAAUGCACUGAUUUGGAGUGUAGAUAUAGAUCCAGCAACAUUUGAAGUAGGUUGGAAAGAUGUUAUGAAAGAAUAUAAGCUUGAAAGUAAUGAAUGGUUGUGUGAACUGUAUAACAUUCGGGAGUCAUGGAUUCCAGCCUAUUAUGCUGAUGAUCCAAUGGCUGGUUUAUUGCAUACUACAUCAAUAUUAGAGAGUGAGAAAUGUUUCUUUGACAAAUUCAACCGUAGAUCUGACACAUUGACAGAAUUUUAUCUCCGAUACGAGAGUGCUAUGGAGAAGCAAAGGCAUACAAAUGCAAGAUUAAACUAUGAAGGAACAAAGUCGAUGCCAAGAAUGGACACGCCAUUGUUAUUGGAGAGGGAUGCAGCAGAAUUGUACACUCGAACAAUGUUUUAUGAGGUACAAAAAGAGAUAAUGUCAUCCUGUUAUGAUAUGAGUAUCAACAGUAUAUCAGAAGAAGAUGGUGUGAAGAUUUUUUCCAUAAAGGACAAAAAGAGACAUGGAAAAAUAUUUGAGGUGAAACACGCUUAUGGGAACAAUGACGUGCAAUGUACGUGUAGGCUGUUUGAGAAAAUGGGUAUAGUAUGUAGACAUGGGUUUUUUGCACUGAACCAAGCUGAUGUAACAAAAAUACCAAGACAUCUUGUUGUGAACCGAUGGACAAAAGGUGCUGAGAUGAGGCAUUCAUUGCAGUUCAAGGAAAUAUCAGAACAGUGCAAUGCAAUUGAAGUUACAAAUCGCAAGGUAAAUGACAUAUGGUAUGAUUUCCAAUCUUGUGUGAGUUUGGCAGGUUUAGAUGGUGAGAGACUUGACUACCUGGAAGGGAAGUUGAAGGAGUUGAAGCACAGUUUGCGUGAAUCUAGUUGGAAAUCUGACACACAGAACAAAAAUAAUGUAAUGGAGUUUUUUGUUGGCUCAAAAAUACCAGCUGAAGUGAUUGUUAAACCUCCCAUUGAAGGUAGAAACAAGGGCUGUGGACGGAGAAUUGUUGGUGAUUAUGAGAAAUCAAUUAGUCAACGAAAGAAGAAUGUGCCAAGGCUGUGUAAUAUGUGCAAAAAAACCGAUUUCCAUGACGCACGGACAUGCCCAUUAAAGAAAACAUUACAGCAGAGUGAUGCUUAA